AUGAUGAAUUAAUCCUAAACGCGGCGGAGUUGGAAACGUGAACUCCAUUCAAUCGAGAUCGAGAGAUAGAGAGAGAAUGUUACAGUACCCGGCGUUCAUGAGGCAGUAUCCGUGGUCGACGGGGAUGAUACCGACGUCGUUUCUGCUCCCCGCCCAGUGGCCCCAACCCCACAACGACGACCUCCUCCUCGCCAUGGAAGAGUCCGAUUUCGAAGACAAGUGUAGUGAAAUCAGAAAGACAAAUAACAACAUAAUUGUGAUCGGGAAAACAACAGUUGAUAACGACAAAGAAGACUAUGACAAUGAUGUAGAUGAUGAGGAAGCUGAUAAUGCAGAGGAGUCAGAAGGCUUACCAGAAAGACUCGCUGCUAGCUGUUGACAUGUCCACGACGAUCCUCAAGCUUGCUGAGACCGGGAAACUUCAGGACCUACACGACUAGAAAGUGCAUGGUUCUGCAUGCAUGGGAGAGGGGAUCAGUAGCUUCCGAGCUCUUUUAACAAAACAGCAAGACCACCAUGAUUAAUAUAUAGCAUCAUGCAUUUUAACAAAAUUCUUGCCUCUUCCAUUUAGCAACAACCAAAAUCUUUUUAGGAGAUUAACCAUAGCUUGUACUUAAAAAAUUCUUACAACCUCAAGGCCAAGACAUAUCUGGCCAAAUCAUCAAUAGAAGACAUCUUGGCAUCUUCUGCGAACAAAGGCUAGAUUAGAGCAAGAAGCAUGACUUGGAAUCCUCAACUUCUAGAAUUUUACGGGGGAAUUCUCUAAUUCGUGAAGACUAGAGCAUUGAGCUUCCUCACCCUUUCCUGCAACUCCAAUUGCAACUAUAGCAAUAGGCAAACCUCCUUAUUUUUUCCGCACCUUUCCUACUACCAAUUGAUCGACUUCAACAUCUCCCCUCACCUUGGUAAACUGCGUCUACGCCUCUGGUUCCUCUUUAAGUAUCCAAUUGGAAAAUAUAUCCUUUUGAAUACCCCUUGAUGCCUAGAGAUUAGCACAACUUUGCAAUAUCAAAAUUAGUCAUCUUCACUUGAAAUAUUAACACGUAAGUCAUAUUCACCCUCGCCACUUGAAAUAUCAACAUACGAGUCAUAUUCACCCUCGUCAGAGUCAUCUCUGCACUUUAUCAUCAUGUGGUUGUUAUCCUCAUUCCUGUCAAAAAAAGAUGACAAGUUUAUAUCCACAUAAUUUGAGAAUGAAACAAAUUAAAGGGUACAUAAAAUAGUGUGAGUGAAUAUACAAUGAAUGCCCAAAAGUUGUGUAAAAUUUUAUAAUUUUACCUGGACUCAAAAAAUGCAUUAAGAUCUGUGAUUUCAACC